CAAUGGUCCUCUUUUUACAGUCUAUGGUCCACACACUGACCUUCUGAUCAGAGAUGGGUCUGUUAUUGACAGGUUAUUUAUUACAAACACCAGCAUGCUUUGAAGCGUAAAUCAUUAGAGGAAAAGAAACUGUCAUGUGACAGAAGAACCCGGUCUACUUCCUUAUGUAGGAAUGAUUGGUCAGAGUAGUCAGGUGGGGGAGGGAGUAGAACAAGGAGGAGGAGCAGCACAUGAGUCGUCUGACAGGUUUGGCUGGUCUGUUGCUCCCUUCCAUUCUGGAACACAUUCACACGCUACAGUAGAAUUCUACAGUUGUUAUCCUUUGUGGCGUGAUGAGCUGUAGAGAGGCCUAGAGUUCCAUUGGGGACCUGUAAGAUUCUACUUCCACUCUAAAGUAGGAGUGUGAGAGGAGAAGCAACGUUGAGAUAGAGAGAUAAGGACAUGCAGUCAGAUACAUGGAAUAAUUUCCCUGACCCAACCCCCUUGUAUCCAGCUCUCAAGAACAGACUUUAAGGCACCAGGGAUCAAGUGAGAUCCCUUGGGAACUGGACGAAGAAGGAAUCAUAUCGCCAAGAGCAAAAUCCUGUCAGCUUUCAGGGGACAGUAGGAUUCUGGACUGAUGGCAUCCAAAGAAGUUUGACUUUAGGUGGCCAAAACCUGCAGGAGAAAGACGGGAGUCAAGGACAACCCACCCAUGUUACCUCCCACUCCCAUCUCCAGCAUGCCUGUGGAGACCCCCCAGCCUGUCCUGACACAGCCGGUGAGGGCUGCUGGGACGCCCAACCCCAACCGCAUGCCAAACCGCCUCCUCCUCCAACCAAGAACAGCGGCAGCAGCUGAGCCCAGGCAGAGCGCAGUGGAGAGGCUGGCGGCAGACAAGGCUAAAUACGUCAAGAGUCAGGUGGCCCCCUCCAAGCAGCAGCCAAUAAAAAUGCCUCCGCCUGUCAUGCGCAAACCUCUGAUGUCCCCGGCUACCGGACUACGGCCAACCCGUAAGACCCAACCUUCUCGCUCUAACUACACCCAGCAAGGGAGUGCUCCAUUGGACCUGGAGCACCUGAGUAACCUGAUCAACGGGAUGGGUGAGGCUGAAACUCCCCCUACCUCUCCCACCAUGGACCCAGUGGAGAGUAGUCAGGCCCCUGACUGCCCUACCACCACUACCAUCUCUCCCUCUCCGUUCUCUGCUGAGGGGAUCCCGACCCCCUGCCCUGAAUGGUCCACCCCAGUCAAAUUAAGGAUAAAUGCCUCUGGCCCACUAAGUCCUUCUGGAUGUUCUGCUGCAGUGACCAUACGUAGAGUGGACGUAAUACCCCAACACCACCAUACCAUGCCAGUGAGGAAGCCCUUCAGAGCACAGCAGCAGAUGCAUCUCCCAUUGCAGCCCAUGGCUCUGCAUCCACACACCCAGAUCCACAGCGCUAUGUCACCUCUUCGUCUCUUCCACCCCCGAACUACCUAUGCACCAGGCCCUGGAUCUCUUAAACCAGUCCCAGCCCCUCCACCACAAGACCACACCCCAAGCCCCAACUCCCCGUCUACCCCCGUUCAGUUCCCAGCCAACUACCCUGUACUUCCGCCCUCCCCGUCGGUCACUCGCCCGUCCUCCAGUAGCUCCAGGAAACGGCCCUCUCUGACCCGCUCCAAAUCAGACAUGAGUGACCGUUACUCCCGGGCCAGUACUGACCUGGAGCGCUUCUUCAACCUGUGUGGUUUGGACCCUUCGGAGAUGCAGGUGCUGAAGGGGCCGGGCUCGGACAUUGUGUCCCUUGCACAGUUCCGCAGUGCCAGUGCUCCUGGGUCAGAGUGUGCAGGGCACGAGGAGGAAGAAGAGAACGGUGGGCCUGCAGAGCCGGCUCCCUAUGGUGUCUCGGUCAUUGAGAGGAACGCCAGAGUGAUCAAGUGGCUUUAUGGUAUCCGCCAAUCCAAGGAUACUGCCAGGAGCACCAACAUGUAGGGCCAUGAGACUGAUGUAAAUAGAGGCAGGGGAGAAAAAUAUGGAGGUACACUUUAAACAUAAUUCCUGUACAGAGAAAAAAAACUGGAGAAGUGUGAACCAACCAAUGACAAUGAAAAUGAAAGGAAGGGACUGAUGUGUACUAAUAGUGAAAGAAAUGUCUGUUAAAGCAGUAUGAUAGUGUUGGACAUCAUUUGUGCAAGAUAUUUGGUACUUUGUACUACCACCCGUUUCACCUUUAUUGACAAAAAAAGAUAGCCGGUCAGAUUACAAGUAAGUUAUCAGAAUUGUGUUCUGUUUUUUUUUAAAUGAGAAAUACAUCAACAUAUUUGUUUUUGUCUCAUAGUGGGGCUUUACAAGUCUUUCUUUUUGGUUUGCUUUGUUACUGUAUGUUCAGAUCUGUUUCUAAAUAAAUACCAUUUAACAAUGUUAAAGUAAGCUGAUUUGAGGUGUGUGAGUUCAUCAUUCAUGUUCUCUGUUUUCGAGGGGUGCAGCUGGAGCGGGAAAAGGUAUGUGGGACUGACUGGGUGAAAUUACAGGAGAGGUGGGACUGACUGGGUGAAAUUACAGGAGAGGUGGGACUGACUGGGUGAAAUUACAGGAGAGGUGGGACUGACUGGGUGAAAUUACAGGAGAGGUGGGACUGACUGGGUGAAAUUACAGGAGAGGUGGGACUGACUGGGUGAAAUUACAGGAGAGUUGGGACUGACUGGGUGAAAUUACAGGAGAGUUGGGACUGACUGGGUGAAAUUACAGGAGAGUUGGGACUGACUGGGUGAAAUUACAGGAGAGUUGGGACUGACUGGGUGAAAUUACAGGAGAGUUGGGACUGACUGUGUGAAAUUACAGGAGAGUUGGGACUGACUGUGUGAAAUUACAGGAGAGUUGGGACUGACUGGGUGAAAUUACAGGAGAGUUGGGACUGACUGGGUGAAAUUACAAGAGAAUUGGGACUGACUGGGUGAAAUUACAGGAGAGUUGGGACUGACUGGGUGAAAUUACAGGAGAGUUUCACCAGGUCAUAGGAGUCCAAUUCGAUAUGAAGUUUCUGUUGAACAUUUGGCUUAGUGUGUUUUUACUCCAUUUGAACUUGAGCAACUCCUGAUUAAUGACAACGUUGAAACAAUGAUUUGAUUUUUCAGAAGCAUUUAUUUGGUUCUCCAUCCUCUUGCAAUGGACUACCAUUUCCCCAAACAUCUUUUUGCUUUAUAACACUUUAGUGUGGCUUUACAGAUGUUCCUGCUGGAUGUUCUACAGGUCAGUAAUGUUACUCAUUGCCUGCAUGUCAGUCAGUCAACUCCACUGUCUCGUGUCUGUCUGUAAUCUCUCUGGCCUGGAGUCCUUUCUGUCCUGGAGUCCUUUCUGUCCCUGGCUCUUUUGCAGAUUGAGGCCUUCCAUGUUUCUCUGAUCCUUCAAGAGGAACUGACCCAUCCCUACCUUCAGGCUAGUGAGCCUCAGCGGUUUGACACCCAUUGACAAACUCCUGCCAUGGGUGGUUGUCUCCAUGCCUUUUGGUUUCUUCUCCUAUGUCCUGCUGUAGUUCAUGUCGCAAGCCUUCAGUGUUCCCUGGUACCUCACAUCAAGCUGCCUGUUUGAGACCCUCAUGACAUCCAGCCUGUGAUCCACUCUUCCUUCACACACAGUAUGACCCGCCAACCCUAUCUCCCAGUCUUUAUCCUCUACAUCCUCAACCACUGUUUGCCUUGCUCCAUGUCUGUAUCCUCAUGACUACUGUAGGUAUCCCAAACAAAUCACUUAGCUGUCGCCUGAUCUCUGCAGGGUUAUUGCCGCUGCUUCUUGAGAAUUACCUGACUGUAUGAAACAAGAAGUACCAUUUACUUUCCUUAGGGCAUCGGUAUGGUUACUACCUUCCAUACUGCUCUUCCUGUGUCCGUGUAACCAUGGUUACAAGGUGCAAUUCUUGAAUGACUCUAGUUACAGUAUCACAAACCCCUGUUUUUCACCAUGGUUUCUGUCUCUUUCCUGACAGUGUAUUCAUGUGCUUUCGCUGAGCAUGAGACACUCUGCCACAGCCUACAGUAAGAGCUUGAUAUCCACUGUCUCGUUUUUCAUAUUGUAUUGACGAAUUGCAAGCAGUAACAAUUGAUAAAAUCAUACAUUUCAGUUUCAGUCUCACCUGUCCCUUGGUCUGUAUGUUUCUCCUUCUCUCUCUGAUAGGAAUGAGUGUGGAGCUGGUGGCCUCUGUGAUUCAGGGUCAGGUUGUGGCUGUAUUCUACACAGAGAAGGCUGGGGCAUGUCAGCAGUUGGACCAGAGCCAGGGGCUGCCUCACAACACCCCUUCACCACAAACCGUUACUACAGACCAUGGUACUACUUCCCCUCUGAGACACACUGCAAGUAAAUGUUUCCCAGUCUCAAACCCUAGCCUAACCCAGCACUGAAGUACAUACCGCUCUCCUACUAUGUUGGUUUAGCAGCGUUUCUUUGUCUGUGGAAGUGAACUUACCUUUAAUGCCAGGGAUAUCAUAUUACACUAAUUAACUGUCCUUAGCACAACAAAGGCCAUUCGUGUGUGUGCAUGUGGGAGCAUGCAUUUCAAGGACGUGAGUUUGUCUUGUUUGUUUACCCAUAGGCCUGUGCAUUUUAUGCAUACAUGUGAAGGACUUGUGUUUGUGUAGCCUUGUUUAUCUGUGAGGUUUUGUGUAUUUUUCCCCUGUUGGAAGUUUUUCCUGACCUCAGUGCUAGUCAAUGGUGGGCUGUUCUUCCUCUGCUGCCUUGUCCUCUUCCUGGGGGUGAAAGAGCUGCGGAGUGAGUCAACGGUCAGAACAAUGGAGUUAGGGUUAGUGUGGUCAGUUUAGAACUGCUAGAGCAAAGCACAUGGGAGGUCAAGGUUCAGUAGAACAUGUUAAAGAGUCUAGAGCUGGGAGGUGACUAAAUAAUGGAUAGGCUUGGAACUAAAGUAACUUAUGACAUGUCAUGGUGAGUAAGUAUUUUCUUAAGUUUUCUACAAUACCAAACACCUCUCUCUGAUUUUUGUCUCCAGCUCCCCUCUAGUGUGGAUAGUGUGUGUCCUAUCUCUCCACUCUAAAGAUGCUAAUGUGCCAUGUUCCUUGCCAACGACUGGGCCUUGGUUUCUCUUUGCUGCACUUGCCUUCUAGAUAAAUCCUUGCCUGGACUGCAUUCAAAUAGAUCAACAAAAAAUGACAAUCUUGAGUCAACUAAUGCACAUUUGUCCCUUAGAUAUCUUUGGGGAACUUUGCACUGUUCUGUACCCAUGCAGCUGGGCUUGGGUCCCAGUUCCAGCACCUUCUGUCUCUGCUGGUAAGACAUUGCUUGUUGCUACACACAGUUCUGUCAACGUCACACGUAGUUGUAUCACACACCCCACACCCUCUUGGCCACAAAAGGACGGUCUGAUUGGCUCAACACACAGAUGACAGAACACAAUUCUUAUCCAAUCUGGCAUAUCAUACUCUUCAUGAUUUUAUAUAUUUGUGUAGCUGGUAUUCGUCUCUGGAAGCUAACCACUUAUUCCUUAUUAAAGGGCAAAAACUAUAGCCACGAGACAUUCUCUUGUUAGUGUUUAAUAUCUGGGAUGGUUGUUUGUCCUAACAGAUUGCAGCAACUACAGCUGUUUCACUGUUACAGCCAUCUCUGGUACGGGCUUGGAAAUAGAUUACAAUCUCCAUUGGUUUGUGAGCACAACAUUGUUUCUCCCUUUAUGACAAGUUUAUGCUUACAGUAAUAAUCGUUUUUUUUCUUCGUAUUUACUGACAGUCUUCGUGGCCGUGUGUGAUGCUAGGAUUCAGCUUGGCAACCGUGUUCCUGCUGCCUUGGCGAGUCUGCAGUUAGAAGGCCACGACUCUGGCUUAGCGUUGUCUCUGCUCUCUACUGUACUCUGCUCCAGUUCUGUCUCUGCCUCUGUCACUCUGAAUGACACUCAACACACACAAAAUGCUGACUUGAUGAUUCAUUCAUAAACCCCCAUGACAGCCUGUCAAGUGUUGAAUAUUCUAAUAUGCUGAUUUGACACUUGGCCAGUUUACACUUCAAUCGAUUCACCAGACAGUGCUUGUUGCAUAAUCUGCGUUUGGUCUGAUUUGCGAACCAGUCUCUUAUUAUUCAUGUAGGUCCAUGCUCCCGGACGUGGUAGAUGACUUCGCUGUGAAAAAAACCUGCUGCAAGGACCUGCUACGCCUUCUGCAGUAAGCUAGGGGAGGCCUGUCUGUUGGAAUCUCAACCAUGACUAACAUUGAGUCAUACAUCCACCUACUCCUCCUCUCCUCCUUAUUAUGUAAAAUCUGAUUUCAUGUUUCUAUCACCAUAUCUCAAUUUAUGUUGUGUUCAUGCAUGCGUGUAUAAUUUGUUUAUAUGCUUGUUUGUAAUGCAGCUUUGUGGGGUACACUAUAAAAAAGGGUUCCAAAAAGGUUCUUCAACUGUCCCCAUAGGAAAAAACAUUUUGGUUUGAGGUACAACCCUUUUUGGUUUCCAGUAGAACCCUUUUGGGGAAAGGGUUCUUCCUGGAACCCAAAGGGGUUCUACCUGGAACCAGAAAGGGUUCUUCAAAGGGUUAUCUUAUGGGGGAUAGCCGAAGAACCAUUUUAGGUUAAAGAGUGUACUGUGCAGUUGCCUGUAGACAAAUUGAGGACAUGAUGACUGCUCUGAUUGUACUGUUUGCCCCUGUGCCCAUCACCCUGCUGCUGGUAGGGCGGGUCUUCUUCCACCUGUACCCAUCAACGAGGAACGACGCCUCCAGCUCCAGAGAGAGCCAGGCAGAGAGGUUGAAGCCAUACAUUCAACUGAUAGAGGAGAUAGGCUCAACACGCAGUCGUCAGUCAAGACGCCAACCACCUUUUUAUUUAUUUAAAUUUUAUUUAGCCUUUACUUAUCUAGGCAAGUCAGUUAAGAACAAAUUCUUAUUUACAAUGCCGGCAAAACCUGAACGACGCUGGGCCAAUUGUGGGACGCCCAAUCACGGCCGGAUGUGAUAGACUGGAUUCGAACCAGGGGCUGUAAAAUAGAUCUUGAUUUUGGUUACUACAUGAUUACAUAUGUUUUAUUUAAUAGUUUUGAUGUCUUCACUAUUAUUCUACAAUGUAGCAAAUAGUACAAAUAAAGAGAAAUCCUUGAAUGCC